AUGGGCAGAAAGGGGGGCGAUGCCAUGCCGGCCCACAAGGCUUCGUCUGGACUCGUACAUGUAAAUGCGAAGAUGCAUAUGGCUAUUCCUCCCGUAUGGGCAUUGGAUCCUACAGCCUCCGUAUUGGAGCAGCUGGAUACCUUGGUCAUGCGCUAUGUGCCGCAACUGAAGGGUGUGUUGCUCACGCAUUCGAAUGUGAAGUUCUUAGGUCAGAUGGGUCAUAUCGAUGGUGACUCGGCCUUUUUUGUGGCACCAACUAGCUUUUGCUCAUUAGUCUGGCGGCCACAAAUAGGUAUGGUGCUCCGAGGCACCAUCACAUUGUCCUCGCCAAGCCAUGUCUCGCUCCUUUUGUAUGAUACGUUUAAUGCAGCGAUUUCCGCGCCACACUUGCCGGCUUCAGACUGGGAAUUUGUCUAUUAUACAGACGUGGGCGAGGCGCAGCGACGGGAUGCAAAGGAUCGUAGUGUUGGCCUUUGGCGUCACAAGCAAAGCGGUGAGCGGUUGGGCGGCGACGAUGGCUCGCUUGCGUUUACUGUCAUCAGCAUGACAGUAGCAAACCAGAUGCUGUCGCUCCAUGGCAGUUUAUUGGCCGAGCCAUUCAGUGUCCCCCCGCCCCGGCCUGGCUCACUGUCUUUCGAUCAGGCAUUGGGAGUUUUGGAGGAAGAAAAAACGGACAAGGAUGAGGAAGAAGAGGCCUCAGUGCAACAACCGCGUCGCGUACGAUGGGAGGACUCUGACGAAGAGGUGGAGGAUGAUGGUGAAGAUGGUGACGAGGCUGUGGAUGACUAUGCUGUGGACGUGGCAAAGAGGCCGGAGGAACAGCAGGAAGAAGAUGCUAUGGAGGCAGAGGAUGAUGCUGACGACCAUGAGAUGAGCAUGGAUGCAGCUGUCCAAGAAGACGAAAAGGCUGCGAAGGCGCACAAGAAAGAGAAGAAGGACAAGAAAGAAAAGAAAGAAAAGAAGGAGAAAAAGGAAAAGAAAGAGAAGAAAAAGUCCAAGAAGUCCGCAAAAGAGGCAGCAGAUGAUGAAAAUGAUACCUCUACGGCCUCCUCAGGCCACAAGCGUGCGCGUGAUGACAACGCCAGUGCCUCACGAAAAAAGCGUUAG